AUGAGAGAGACAAUGGAAGUUACCCCUGGAUGUCAACAGGAGAACGGUCUGUCCCAGGUGCUGAACAUGGUUCUCGAAGAGUUGGGGCUGUUCUACCACAGAGAUGUGAAUGGGAUUGGUGUACUCUAUAGCUUGCUCCAGGCUCCCUGGCUCCAGGCCUUAUUAAAGGUACAUGAUUGUCUCCACCAGUACAUAAGGAACCGGCCGGCACCUAUUGUGACCAAGGCUCGUGCUCUUACCAAUGAGGUUGUAGACAUAUUGCGUGAGUGCCCUCAGUCAACGGACACGCGAGAGCUGAAGAAGCUUCUAAGGGGAGCACACUUCAAGGCGCUGCUGUCUGCACAUGAUACAGUUGCCCAAAAGAAUUUUGAGCCCAUCCUCCCACCAUUACCAGAUAAUAUUCCAGAAAAUGAAGAAGCGAUGCGCAUUGUGUGCCUGGUGAAAAAUAAACAGCCUCUGGGUGCCACCAUUAAGCGUCAUGAGAUAUCUGGUGAGAUCAUUGUCGCUCGUGUAAUCCAUGGUGGACUAGCUGAUCGAAGUGGUUUGUUGUAUGCAGGUGAUAAACUGGUAGAGGUGAAUGGAGUUCCUGUGGAUGGACUGGAGCCGGAACAAGUCAUCCAAAUAUUGGUUCAUUCAAAAGGGACUAUUGUAUUCAAGCUCAUCCCAAUCGGUGACCGUUCUGUCAGCAGCAAUACAAUGCUUUUUGUCCGUGCGAUGGCAGAUUACUGGCCCCAACAGGAUCCAGCCAUACCCUGUGCAGAUGCUGGACUGCCUUUUAAGAAAGGAGAAAUCCUACAGAUUGUUGACCAGAGUGAUUCUUUAUGGUGGCAGGCAAGAAAAGCUUCUGAUCUCAGCAGGUGUGCUGGGCUCAUUCCAUCUAACCAUCUGCUGAAAAGAAAACAGAGGGAAUUUUGGUGGUCACAACCGUAUAUGUCUCAUUCCUGCCUUAAGGCCUCACAGUUGUCAUUAAUGCCUGUUGAAGAGGAAGACAUGAAGAUUGAUGAGAAAUUUGUGGAAGCUGAUGAAGAGACAUUUGAAUCUGGAGAGUCAUGUGUUUUCAUCGCAGCUGGCUUUAGAAGAAGUAUGCGCCUUUGCCGCAGAAAAUCCCACAGUAACCAGGUAUCUUGUUACUCUCGCUGUUCUGGCAGCUGUUACCAUUCUGUGGCUGCCCCAUAUGAGGAAGUAGUGAGAUAUCAGCGGCGACGUUCUGAUCGUCAUAGGCUGAUUGUCCUCCUUGGACCCUCUGGAGUUGGUGUUAAUGAACUCAGAAGGCAACUUAUUUGUUUAAAUCCCAGCAUAUUUCAAAGCCCAGUGCCACACACCACGCGCAAUAAGAAAAGUUAUGAAGAACAUGGUCAGGAGUAUUUCUUUGUUUCAAAGGAGACGUUUGAAAGCAUGGUAUAUAGUCACAGCUUCCUUGAUUAUGGCGAAUACAAAGGGCACAUGUACGGGACCAGUGUAGAUGCAGUGAAAGCCAUAUUGGACGCAGGAAAAAUCUGUAUUAUCGACUUGGAGCCACAGGGCAUUACAGGAGUUCGGACACAUGAACUUAAGCCAUACAUUAUAUUUGUUAAGCCACCCAGUAGAAACUGCAUGAGACAAACCCGACAAAAUGCCUGGAUAAUCACAGACUAUUAUGUGAACAUGAGGUUUAAGGAGGAAGAUUUCCAGGAAAUUGAGGAAUGUGCAAAGAAGAUGGAGGACCAGUUUGGACAAUUCUUUGACCAAGUCGUGGUGAAUGAUCAUUUGCAAUCGGCCUGUGUCCAGCUAAUGUCCAUCAUAAGGCGUGCUCAGGAUGAGCCUCAGUGGAUUCCAGCUUUCUGGAUCUGUUCAGAUUCUCAAUAACCAUCAAAUCACAUGAAAAAGCCAAAACCAUAAUGCUAUAGUAUUCUGUAUAUGUAUCAUUGGAUUAUAAUAGUUAAAGUUACAACAUUUUAAUUUACAUAAAUAAAAGUAACUAACUUUCAAUAAGGCUCCAGUCAUAGGUGAUUUAUCAUUUUAACGCACAAAUAUAAACAGCACACUUCCAAUCACUACUAGUUUAAGAAAUGAAAACUAAUUUUAGAUGUUAAAUCUGUAAUAAUAAUGUUUUUUGAAUUAUUAUUUAUAGCUGGAAACAAGAAAUGAUGAAAUAAAAAGGAUAUGUAU